AACAUAAAAACGAAAACAAAGUUCCAUUCGGUAUCGGCAAGUUACAACUAAAACCAGUGCAGAAGCAAACUGGCAAAACAAACACAACUCUAUUGUGCGUUGUAGCGGAGGACAACAAAAGAAAAAGGAGACGAUUGAAUGUGCGCUGUGUAUGUGUGUGCGACAGGGAAUUUGUGCUUGUUAUUUUAAGCGCACGUGUUGAGCUUCAUCGUUCAUCUGGUGUGAUUUGUGAAAGUAGUUUCGUGUUAACACCCAACAUGCCAACAUCGAUCAUGCAGAAAAACUACAGCAAUUGUCCGCUCAAGAAGCGUCCAGUCUUCAUGUCCAAGGAGGAAGCAUUGAAAAAUGAAUCGGAGGGUGAGAUGGAACCAGAAAAUCUAAGCACCAAACCGCAGGACCUCUCGAUGAAGUCCAUGAAGAAGAAGGCUCGCUCGGAGUCUCCCGAGCUGGUAGUGAUCAAGGCGGAGGACACUCUCCCCACACCGCCACCUUCCUCCUCCCCCGCUCCCAGUGAUACCAAAUCUCCACUUUCCAUCCCUACACCGACCUACGGCUCACUGCCCGCGAUGUACUACGGUGGAUCACGAUCGCCCGCUUCGUUCCCACCGGUUUACCCCGGAUUUCCGUACCCUCUGCCAUAUCCGGCCGACUUCUACAGUGCGUACCAUCAUCAGCAGAGUCAGGCACAGCAUCAGCAGCAUCCGGCAGGAUUACCGCACCAGCUACACCCCCACCAUCAUCACCUGCAUCAUCCGCUCCACAGUCAGAUCUCGCCACCACGAUCGGAACCCCUGUCACCGUACAGUGCCGGCCAGCACGAUACCUCCGGCAGUCCGUCCGCCUCACCGACCCAUCUCUUCCGCCCGGACCGCCACUCGCUUUCCCCACCACCGUCGAUGGUCGUUCCGGCCUAUCCGGCCGAACUGCGCCUGAACCAGAACAACAACAUCAUCAAGUCGGAGUCAGCGUUCGUCCGUGCCCAGCACCGCUACAUGCCUUACCCGUUGCACCAUCCUGCCCAUCAUCAUCAUCUGAUGAUGAGUUCGGUUGCCGAUCAUCCGUCGCUUUCGCCCGCCUCCAGCCAUACCUCGUUCAACUCGUACCUUUCGUCGCGUGGCCGUUCCCUGUCACCGAUCUCCUCGUCGGCACCCGCCAGCCCGGGAGCCGAUUCCGAGGAGAACAACAACAGCCUCAGUGUGACCAACGGUAACAGUACCUCGCUAUCGUCCUCAUCCGGCUGCUCAUCGAUCCUCACGGAAAAAUCCACCUCCAGUGCCAACAUCCAGAAGAAGGAAGGUGAAAAGGGAUCGUCGCAGGGAUCGAACGGUGCACCACGCUACCAGUGUCCGGACUGUGGUAAAUCGUACUCCACCUACUCCGGGCUGUCGAAGCACCAGCAGUUCCACUGCCCAGCGGCCGAAGGUAACCAGGCGCAGAAAACGUUCGUCUGCAAGGAGUGUGACAAACCGUACAAAACGCUCGGUGCGCUCAAGAUGCACAUCCGCACCCAUACGCUACCGUGCAAGUGUACCCACUGCGAUAAAGCCUUCUCGCGGCCAUGGCUACUGCAGGGCCACAUCCGUACGCACACCGGCGAAAAACCGUUCGUCUGCAAGCUUUGUUCGCGCGCCUUUGCCGACCGUUCGAAUCUGCGCGCGCACCAGCAAACGCACGAGGAUGUGAAGCGUUUCAAGUGUCCAACCUGUACCAAAUCUUUCUCGCGCCUUCCACUGCUAACGAAGCACGCGGAAAGCGGAUGUCCCGGUGGAUCCGGUGGUAGCAGUACGGCCGGUUCGCCCGUUCCAUCCCUUACCCGCUCGGACAGUCCACACUCGCAAAGUGCUUCGUCCGCGUGUAACAUUUCCGAGGACAGCUUCAUCCCGACCGUACUGCCACAUGGAAGUAACAUUGCCGUAUACUAGUGGCCGUCUGUGUGUGUGUGCGUGCGAUUUUGCAGCAGUGUGAGUAUUCGACCAAAACGGUGGCCUGAUCGAGUGUGUGCCUUCAACGAGCAACGUGUCUCUUCUUCGAUAAACGGGAAGUAAACCUCGUCGCAUUCCGUGCGACCAAAGACUGAGGGAAUGAAUGUGUGUGUGUGUCUGCUAGGGAAGCAACCAGAAGCAAAAGGCUUUUACAAAUACCAAGAAAUGUGUCAACGCGCCCUUUUGAAGAGUUAGUGAAGGAUGUUUUAAUUUGUAAAGGACAAAGGGUCAAAGGAAGAUGGAACCACCAAGGGUGGUUCUAGUGCAAGGUAUCGAUGGUGUGUUCGAUUCAGAUUUCGUUUCGUUUCACGACCGCUUUGAAACAUUCAAGGUGGUUUUUUUUGGCGAACGAAAUGUGACCGGACAGUGGAAAUUGUUUUCUACUUUAGUAAGUUUAUUUAUUUUCAAAUGGAAGGAAGGAAGAUUUUUUUUCGAUUUUUUUUUCGUUUCGUAAAAGAAAAAGUAAAAAAAAUGAAUAGAAUAGAAUGAGACACAAACUGUUCCAAACUAGUCAGAUUUUCUUUUAGUUUAGUGUACUUAGAGAAGUUUGCUGCGAAUUUAGUUUUGCUUCAUUUCUACCAUCUUUUGUUUCUCUCCCAUAUUCAAAACACUUGGUCGCUUACAUUUAUUUUCCUAUUAGUUUUUUUUCUCUCUUAUGUUAUUAUGUAUAUUUUUUCGUGCUAUAAAAUAAGAAGAUCUCAAUGCGUGUGUGUGUG